AUGUUUGGUAAUGUGAAACCUAGCGGCAAGUUACCAUUGAGCUUUCCGCAUCGCAACGAAGACAAUCCGGCUUUCUUGAAUUAUCGAAGCGAGAAAGGACGUACGAUCUACGGUGAGGGCGUCUAUGUCGGCUACCGCUUCUAUGAGAAAUGCCAAAGAAAUGUCGCCUUCCCAUUCGGUUUUGGCUUGAGCUACACGACGUUCAAAUAUAGCUCGCUUUCACUUCAAGAGUUCGAUGAUACGCUCGCUGUGGCUCUUGAUGUUCACAAUACUGGAGACGUGGAUGGCGCUGAAGUUGUUCAGGUCUAUGUUGCUCAACAUUCACCUAGCAUUUGGAGACCUCUCAAGGAGUUGAAGGGAUUCCGCAAGGUGUUCAUUCCAGCAGGCAAGUCCGAGCGCGUCACCCUUCAUAUCUCGAAAAAGUAUGCAACAAGCUUUUGGGACGAGUAUAAACAUGCGUGGGUGCAGGAAAAUGGGCGAUACACCGUCCUAGUUGGUGAUUCUAGUGCUCACACUCCCCUUUCUGCUACUUUCAAUGUCGAGCAAACGGCUUGGUGGAAUGGAUUGCGAUCCUGUCAGACGAAGACUCAGUGCCGCUGA